CUGCUUUUUAUGCUGCUGGUCGUGCUGUGCGCCAGCAGUUCUGCCUAUGGGAAAGUGAUACAGUCUGGACUCAAGCCAGAGAGCCUCCUCAAGCAAGCUUCUGUUGGAUGCCUGACCCAAAAAGACUCAAAAUUCCCUCAGACUGUAAGAGUCAACAUCAGCAUCAGCAACAUGAACCAGGACACCAAAGCGACUCCUGAUGUCAGCAGCCGCUCUUUGUCUCCGUGGGAUUACAGAAUCGACGAGGACCACAACCGUUUCCCCCGGAUGAUUGCUGACGCCGAGUGCCGCCACUCCAGGUGCGUGAAUUUGAACGGGCAGCUGGACCACAGCCUCAACUCCGUCCCCAUCAAACAGGAGAUCCUCGUCCUCCGGCGGGAGCAGAAGGGCUGCCACCAGUCAUACCGGUUUGAGAAGAAAAUAAUCACCGUGGGCUGCACGUGUGUCACCCCCUUGAUCCGACACCAGGCUUAAAGGGAGACAGUAAUGUAAGAGCA